CAGAAGAAUCUGACCCUGAUGUGUGGAGCAACACCCAUUCCCCUCGCACACCCCCCUCUGCCCAAACUGGAGCCGGCGAGUGCGGGGGAAAUCUAAGCAACGCCCCCAGCACUGCAAAUAAUCUCGCCCAGAAUCUCGGCAGUCUUGUUUCGCGCGUCUCCAGUCUGCAGUCCCCCUCGCCUUUUGCUCUCUUAGGUGAGAAAAGCAGGGAGCGCCCGAUGGGACAAGAGCCGUCCGUAACCCAGUCCCCGGAGGCGGGAGGCGUCGCCAAAAGCAGCUACGCAAGAAGACCUGGAAACUGGGUUAGUUUUGGUUGAGCAGCCGAAGGACUGGAGAGCAGAGAGGGCUGGACAUAUUCAAUCUGGAGGCGCGUGGCGAAUGUUUCCAGCAGCAUCCUCUUUUUGGAAACUCCAGGAACCUGUUGCAUGGAUUUUCGGGUAACCACAUUUUCGGGUUGCAGAAGAGAGGCUAUUUGUCGCGGGAAGGGUGUCGCCGGUCUCAAGAGCAACCCCAGGAGCGCCGCUUCUUUGCCGCAGGACGGGACCGCAGCGGAGUUGGCGCAGGGAUUCUCGCCAAGGGUGCGUUGAACUUUGAGGCGGCCGCCGGGCUAGCGAUGCGGGGAGAGGUGGAGGAUGAAAACAGUCCGGAUCUGCGCGCAGCGCCGCAAAGCUUGAGCGGGCGAACAGGGAGCCUUACAGGCUGAUGGGUCUCCCAGUUUGUGCUGGUUUUUUCGAGCGCACGUUCCUUCCAGAAGAACGGAGCCACUUCGGAGCGCAUCUGAAUGGCAACUCCAGGAAAGGGCCCGAGGAUUGCUUUGUUCUUUUGCUUUGUUUUGAGGAGGAGACUGUGCAGAUUAUCCGCGUAAAGACUUCUCACCGAUGCGAGAAAUUGCCAGCAUGUGAAUCUAUGGCGGAAUGUUAAGACUUGCCCUUUUCUUGCUUUUACUACGCUGGAGGCUGCUGUAACUCUCGUAGAUCUAGGCACGGAAAGUUCUCCUCUUCAAGAGAGGGAGAAGCAAGCGAUAGUCUGUCGGAUAUCUGCAACCUACCUCUCAUAGUAUUAUCCCAGGGCAAAUACCACUUGAAUACUUCAAGGGCUCUCAUAUAAGAGGUGACGGGUCUGUUAUUAUAUUUGUGUGUGUGUGCGCGCGCAAGGUGUGCCUGAGAGAUGCUUCUGCAAAAAUCUGAGGGUUUGUGUGACAUUGCAGUAUCAAUGCGUGUGUUUUGAACAAAGUGAUGCAAGAUCACAGUAUUUGCAGAUGAUCUUUGAAUAAUCCUUUGCUUGUGUGAACUAUGCACUACUAUAGUUAGACUCCUGUGUGUGUGAGAGAGAGAGAGGAGGGGGAGGGAGAGAAGGAACUCAUUACAGUAGAUUGCGUGGGAGCCUGAUUGGCACUUCAAGCUUGUUCCUGUGUGGAUCUGCACUUCACAUCUUUGUGGGCACAGCAGUCGAUUCUACAUUUGUGAAUAGGCUGCAGUUUGACCCGGACUUCCACUCAAAUUGUUUUUGCUGCUAUUUCUUGCAAACUCCACUUCUGGAAAUUCAGUAUGGAGAAAGCACCCUGUGAAGCACCUCCCAUGGAAUUUCAGAGGUGAAGAAACCUUAGCCUGUAACUUUUGUAGCUCCCUGCUUGUCUUAGGAAGGAAAUACAACCUGGUCAAUGUUGGGAAACAGCAGUGGCAGGAGCCCCAAUUGCACAGACUGGAGCCAGGCCUCUGCUGGGGACGUCUUCAAGCUGUUCCUCAUGGUCCUCCUGGUGGUGGUCAUCAGCCUCGGCAAUCUGGUGAGCCUCCUGGUUUUCUUCCGUGUCAGGCAAUUCAGAACCUCCCAAGGCUACCUGAAGGCCUCCUUGGCCCUAGCUGACUUGGCGGUGGGGCUCAUUGUUGUGCCUUACUCCGUUUACAGGGAGGUGAAUAGGUUGACCUGGGGGGUGGAACCAGAGAUGGAUAAAUAUGAGAAGCCUGCCUGCUUCAUCACUGGGCCCAUCUUUGCAGGCUGCACCUUUGUCUCGAUCAGCACCAUCUUUCUGCUCUCGGUCGAGAGGAGUGUAGCUGUGCUGAAGCCUCUGCACAGGAAAGCAGUGAUCACCAAGCGCAGAACUAUUUGGCUCAUUGUGGCCUCUUGGGCCAUGAGCUGCUGCUUGGCAGUGGUGCCCUUGCUCUCCAGCCCUGAUAUCACCUUCCAGUACAAUGCCUGCAGCAAGAUGUGCAACUAUGCCUUUCCAACAGACAAGCCGCCCGAAUCCCAUUGGAAUAUCAUGCUACUGUACCCGGUCUUUGACUUCUCAGUUUUGAGCGGGACCUUUGCGAUCAAUGCCGUCACCUUUGCAGCCGUCCACCAAUACUGCAAGAAACGGAAGCAACUGGGAGAAGAGGCACAGGGCGGUAGCAACCAGGUCUCCUUCUCAGACAUUACCGCGGCCAAGACCAUUGGCAUUCUGACUUUUGCUUUCUCCGUUUCCUUCCUCCCCAUUGCGGUAUUUGUUGUGGGGUCAGUAGUGGGAUACCAGUGGUGCAAGUUCUCCUUUUACGCCUUCUGGAUCCUCACUUCCAACAGCUGUUGGAACGUGGCCAUCUACAGUGUUUGGGAUCCCAAGUUCCGUCAGGGGGUUCGGGAGCUGUUCAACAAGCCGGUGCUGAUAUCGACCUCUCAGGAUGCCGCCUGCUCACAGGAGGAGCACAGCUCUGCCCCUGCCUGUGUGGCAGUCUUCAAGAAGAUGUUCCGCCCAGAGAGCAACCGAUAGCACAGUUGGUGUCUGCCAUUUUGUUUAGGGUGGCUGUUGUGUUGGUAUGUGCAGUCCUUAUCGUAUUCCACUUCAAGCUCCUUUGUGGGCAGGGCUGGCCAGAGAUAUUUUGCUGCCUGAGGUAAAGGAUGAGAUGGCCCCCUUAUUUCCAUGUAUGGAAUUGACAAUUGGACAUUGGCUCGUUUAAGAAGUGUAGGAUGGAUCACACAGCCUACAUAUCUCUGCCUCCAACGUGUCACUGUCACCCCCUGUCCCACAGAAUCUGCUGCCUGAAGUGGCCACCUCACUCUUCCUAAUGAUGGAGCUGGUCCUGUUAUCUUUUAGAAAUGAGCACUUCUCUUGAAGCGCCAGAUGUUUGCUUGGAUGCGUUGGACUGUAACCUCCUGGAUUUCAUAGAAUAAAUGCAGCAUGGAUUUAUGGGCAUGAAUUAUAAUGCAGAGUGCAGAAUCAUGCUGCUCUCUCAAACAUUGUUCUAACCAGGUUCCUGUUUACAUAAAUAAGCAGAGGAAAAGGGGUGGAACAGAGCCUUUAAAAAACCCAACAGAACACAGAAAUUUACAGAGCAGAAUAUUUCUUCUCUGUACAAACUUGGAAAAUGGCCCUUUGUAGAUCCAAGUCCAAGGAAAACAACAACACAAUUACCAAAAAUGGCCCUUGGGUGCAGUUAUUGCUUGUUGUAUUAUCACAAAUAUGGUUAUGGUAUUUCAGCAUGCAACAUAUAAAAUCCACUCAAACUCUAAAUGUGCGCAUUCUACAAAAACCAGGAACACUGUACUUUUAAAUAUGGAGCACUGCUGGCACAGACUUAAGAUAACAUCCUUUAUUCUGGGUUAAUUAAAUCAAAACAACUAUCUUUAUGGUUUUGUACUCAGAAUCACUAUUGAAAAUUAACAUGGUCAUAUUUAAUUAGGCACUGAAAGAAUGGGAAGCUGGCACUUCUUGAUAAAGCAAAGUUACCAGACUACCAACUUGGAAGGUUUUGCAAGCAAUGUGCCACUUGUGUUCAGCAGUAUAGAAGAAUAAGGUUUCAAUUACCCUGAUCAUAUGUUGAAGUAUUUAUUAAAGUGGAUUGGGGGCAGCUUAUCUGUUUUACAUGGUUCCUGUUACAAAAACAACAACAUGUUGAUGUUGAAAAGAUGGGAAGUUGUAAUAUGUGACAGUGAUGUAAUAUUAAGGAGAUGAUUAAGUGAUAGAUAGAACAACUGUUUUGUUGAUAGACCUUUCAUCCAGCAUUCACAAGGCUUGGUGGAUGUUUACAACUCUCACUCUGUGUAAUCCUCUGUUAUGACUUCUUUUCCUAUUUGGCUGCUUUAAAAGAACUGCAGUAUUUGUUGUAUGAGGCUAUCUUGAUAACAUACACCAUUCUGAAUGUACUCAUUAAUGAUGAAUUUCCCUUGGUUAAAUAGAAUGCUACAAAAAGAAUAAAUAUUGUUUGCACAAUCAUUU